GUGGAGCGAGGAGGGGGCUUUCAAGUGUAGGAUCUGGAAAACUGGACUACAGGUCCGAGGUCGUCCAUGCUGACAUUCACCACGGACAAGAAAAACAGAAAAAGAAAAAGUGAUGGACUUGAUGGAAGCAGGAGGCGCACCGGGCCCGGGGCAGACGGGGACUGACAUGACCUCUCCAUCUGGCAGUUUAAACUGAAACCAAACCUCCCGACCACCCGCUGUUGUCAGAUGUGAUGUACAGGUUGGACCUGGUGGUCAGUCAUCCCCAGCACUGAGGUCCAGCAGGAGUUAGUGGGGCGGGGGGAGUUCACUCACAGAGUUGGAUACAACUGGAGGCGCUAUGGAUAUGUACAAAUGUUUAAGUUUAUUUUUCUUCACUCUUCCUAGACAAGUUUGUUCCCAAGUUGGACCUCGCGCCCACGCGGAAGAGAGGCUGCUCCAGGACCUGUUCGUACGUUACAAUAAACUCUCCCGGCCUGUGCAGAACACCUCGGACACAGUGCUGGUCCACUUUGGGCUGUCCAUUGCCCAGCUUAUCGAUGUGGAUGAGAAGAACCAGAUGAUGACUACAAACGUCUGGGUCAAGCAGGAAUGGAACGAUUACAAACUCCGGUGGAACCCGGAGGAAUACGAGAAUGUCACCUCCAUCCGUAUCCCCUCCGAGAUCAUCUGGAGGCCGGACAUUGUCCUCUACAACAAUGCUGAUGGCGACUUUGCGGUAACUCAUCUCACAAAAGCACAUCUGUUCCACGAUGGCCGGAUUAAGUGGAUGCCCCCAGCAAUUUACAAGUCCUCAUGCAGCAUAGAUGUCACUUUUUUCCCUUUUGACCAGCAAAGCUGCAAGAUGAAGUUUGGUUCGUGGACCUAUGACCGCGCCAAGAUCGAUCUGAUCAACGUGGCUAGUGAUGUGGACCAGAUGGACUACUGGGAGAGCGGCGAGUGGGUCAUCAUUAACGCAGUGGGCAAGUACAACACCAAAAAGUACGAGUGCUGCACAGAGAUCUAUGCAGACAUCACUUACUAUUUCAUCAUCCGGAGGCUUCCGCUGUUCUACACCAUUAACCUCAUCAUCCCCUGUCUGCUGAUCUCCUGUUUGACCGUGCUGGUGUUUUACUUGCCAUCGCAAUGUGGAGAGAAGAUUACCUUGUGUAUAUCAGUUUUACUGUCGCUCACAGUGUUCCUCCUGCUGAUCACAGAGAUUAUACCGUCUACGUCGCUGGUGAUUCCGCUGAUCGGCGAAUACCUGCUGUUCACCAUGGUCUUCGUAACGCUCUCCAUCGUAAUUACUGUCUUUGUGUUAAAUGUACAUCACCGCUCGCCGCAGACCCACAGCAUGCCCCAGUGGGUGCGGAGAGUAUUCCUGGACUUGGUUCCCCGAGUCCUGUUUAUGAAGCGUCCGCCAGGCACGGCCAAGCAGCACUGCAAGAAGCUCAUCGAGAUGAUGCACGGUCCAACCACGGUAUCGGCAACAGGCAACUCGCAGGCCUUUUGGAUAGGGUUGGAGACGGGAUUGAGACAGAUGGGACAGGUGGAGGAUACACUGCCAAAGACUUCAUCCGAAAGUCCGAGCAUCCUUGUGCGCUCACCUUCUCCAACGUCUACUCCUCUCCACACCGAGGAAAAUCACCCACUGAAGGCCAACAUUUGCUGCCAGUCCACAUCCAGCCAGUAUUCAGUUCUCUCAGACAAACAACUCCUACGCGGACACAGCUCCACAGCCUUGUCCUCUUCCCAGUUGUCCUUGCCCCCAUCUUUACCGCUAGGCCCAAUUCACAGCCUUUCCAGGGGAGAACCAAGCGCACUGGCUCCAAACGGCCGCUCCUUCAGCGUGGAGCUAAUGUGUGACCAACAGAUGGAGCUAUCUCAGAGAGCUGGACAUCAGUGUCGCUCUCGCAGCUUCCAGUACUGCUCCCUGCAUGACGAAGGGCCCGGCGGCAUCGGGAUGACAGGGCGGGCGAACAAACAACCUGCCACGGAUCACCGGGCAGAAACCCUCAUAGCAGAGUCCCCUAAGAAUGCAGGGAAACAGGAAAAAAUUGUGGCAACCAUUUCCCCGGCUAUGCAACGGGCCAUAGAGGGAGUUCAGUACAUCGCCGAUCACCUCAGGGCUGAGGAUGAAGACUUUUCAGUGAAGGAGGACUGGAAGUAUGUGGCCAUGGUCAUUGACAGGAUAUUCCUCUGGAUGUUUGUGCUGGUGUGCAUCCUGGGAUCUGUGGGACUCUUUCUUCCACCGUGGCUGGCUGGGAUGAUCUAGAAGUGCGCCAUCAAGGAAACAUUGUAUAUGAAAAAAAAAGUUUAUCAUUUAUCUUUUUAUUCUCUUUUUUUAAGAUAACUUAUAAAUCCCACUCCUUGCUCUUGUCCCGGGUAAUCAAAAGGUUACUCGUGGAGAAAUGACAUGAAAUAUCUAUCGUUGCUUCCAGUGGGCAAUAUAAAUUCUUUAUGAGGGCAAAAGGGCAACAGCAAAAAUGUCCUCCUGCAACCGAUCCAUUUUGACAUGGAGCUGCAUUGCUCAAACUGCCACCUCCGUUUAAAAACAAUGAAGAACGGACUUUGACCGAUGUAUAACAAUGGAUAACGUGACAGAAGGCCAGAGGCAUUGUUAGCUAUCAUGUUAAGUUUGGUUUUAAAGUAUCUUGACGAUAGCGCAGUAGCUAAUGCAGUGCGCUCACCAAAUAUUCAUAAAACUAUCAUGUUUCUGUACAACCCGAAGAACGUCUGGGAAGGAGUGGCUGUCAGUGUGUAUUCAGGUGGAACACAUUUUUGCAACGGCCACUGCUUUGGCAAGGACACACAAAGGUCUGUGAUUUUUUUAAUCCCGGCAGUUAAAUAAACCCAAUUAUUCAGUAUUUUUUUUGUCAAUCUCUUUGUUGCCGCAGCAGCAAUUUGGUGUUAACAGGGAGGGAUUUAAAGCCCCCCUCCCCUCAACCUUAACCACCUGAAAAAUACAAGGGCAGAUGUAGUUCUUUCUAUCGCUUGAUGAAUAAAUAGAAUAGGAGUGGGAUGAUUGGCCUGAUUUUUUUUUGUCAAGCAUGAUAUUCAGGUCAUAAUGACUCAUUGUAGUCAUUAUUUUAAGUUGAAGAUGAGAAUUAAUAAACAACUGGAAUAUAAAAUUGUAUAUACAGUAUAUAUAUGCAUAUAUAGGCAUAUAUAGGCAGUGAGCUACGAUAGGAGACAAGGCUGAUGAUGGUGUCACCUCUGACGGUUUGUCCUCUGCAGUAAAACUAAAGAGAAACACAUCUGAAGUGAUGCCAACAAGAAAGUGUUUAUAGGAAAUCCUAAUCAGUAUCACCAUUGGUGUAGGACACCCUUCAACGGCGCAUCCCAUCAUAAUUUGAUGCUGAAAAGAUAUGGUAGACCCAAUACGACAAACCUGGGGAGGGUUUUAAUGGGACUUCAUAAUUGAAAAGAUAUUGAUAGUGACAUCACAUUCUGGAAACUUUGAUACUGACCUGACUUUUGCAGCUCUGCUUAAUGGGUCUUUUCAAUAUCCGCUGCAGCUAAAUUAUAAACAUUAUACCAAUUCACUAAUGAUUAAACGAUUAAUUUCGCAUGAAAAUCUUAAAACCAUUAGGGGGAAGGUUAAUUGUGCUGCGAGAUAGCUAUUGAUAUAACGUUAACAGGGGACUAUGUAGUAGGAGAUAUAAUAUGAGGUGUAUGUAAGGAUACCGGCACUAGUGGCAGGGUUGUUGUCUGUCAGUCGACCACUUUUGUAAAGACUAAAGUAUCUCAACAAACUCUGGAUGGAUUGCAAUCAAAUUUUUAUACUAAAUAAAUACAUUUUAUACAGAAGUAGAUUUUGGUGACUCUCCUAAAGCUUUCUUCUAGCACCAGCAAUGGGCAACUUAGCCACUUAUGACAUCUCGUACAGCCAUUCGUGCUCCCCAGAGGAUGAAUACUAAUGACUUUGGUUAAUCCCGGACUCUUCAUCUACAGUAAAAUGUCUCGGCAACAUUUGUAAAUGGAUUGACAUGAAAUUUGGCACAGCAAUAUGUUUCACUAAGGACGAUUUGAAAUGUCAAUCCUUAAUUUUUUGUCAAACACUUUUGGUUUAAAAAAACGGCUUAACUGAGCUUGUGGAACAAUUUAAACAUAGCUGCUAAACAUCAGCAUGAUAACAUUGUUAUUAUGAAUAUGAUAGCAUGCUGAUGCUCACAUUUAGCUCAAAGCUUUGGCGUGCUGCCUCACAGAACUGCUAGCGUAACUGCAGAAAAUUUCCAUCACAAAAUCAGGAAGACGUCAGACGCUUAUUCUACACUGAUUGGGUCAGAGAAAGAAGUGCUUUAAUUUAACUUUUUGUACCAAAAAAAUGGUUGGGAAAUGGUUGUCAAAACGGUAGUAUUUGUAAGUAUUACAUUCAUGACAGCAUAACAGUUAAAAUAUAUUUAUUUAAAUUUUAAAUGAUAUUUUCAGAAUUAAAAAAACAUAUUAUACUUUGUUUGUUAACCUGGAAAUACAAGGAAAAAAAAAAUAGAUUCUUUUGAUGUUUGAUAUGUACAUGAAGUAUUUAUCUAUCACUAUGUUGAAAACUUCUACAUUUCUGUAUUAUCUACAUGUAUUUCGAAUGCUUUACUUUAAUGGCGUUGUAGUUCUUUCAUACCAUUUGGGUUCAGAUUUGAUUUGUUUUUGUUUUUUAAAUUCCCCUGUGCCUAUCUUGAAAAUUCCUAUGGUCUGAGGUGUGUGUCUCACUGGUUUACUUUGUACCACUUGUACAGUUAUAUGUUUCGCCAUUUUUCUGUUUUCAUUUAUU